AUGUCCUUUAAAAAAGGUGAUUGGAUUGUUCUAGAAAUCAUUGGUUGUAAGAGAGAUGAUGAAGCCGAAGGUAAUUCGUGCGGCGCCCAACAAACCACCCGUCCAUACAAGAACGUUUUAGAUGCUCAACGUUGCGGUUUGCCAUGGACUACGAUUUCUUCUGAACAGUUUGUUUAUUCCUACCCCCAAAGCCAAUUCCGCCUGUUAGCGGGGCUAGAAAUAAUCAAGGCAGAAGAUGGAACUAGGUGA